AUGGGCAGACAGCAAUAUCUAACUCGACUCGCUCUCGGGCGCUCCGCGUUCGAACCCAUCGAAGAAACGCAGCAACCAACACAGCAGCCCCAAACCCCCGAAGAUGGACGCCCCCAACAGCAAUACGACUCCAAAGGCCGCCCCACCAACCCGCGGAUCGACGCCUUCAACGCCGAAAUGCGCAAAGCGCAAAACGACGUCCUCGCUCUAGUGGGCGUCGUCGAGCGGAAGGACUUAUCCGACCGGCGGGAGGAGCAGAGGGGGCGGUUCGUGCGGGACACGAGGGAGAAGGUGUUGCGAGAUGAGCAGGAGAAGGGGGAGUUGAUGGAUUACACGGUGGCGGGGAUGGGGUUUCUGGGGCAUCUCUGGACGGAGGCUUUGGUGCAGAGGGUGCAGGUUGGGGUUUAUGGGGCUGAGAGGGGGAUUGGGGAGAUUGUGGUGGCGGAGUGGAGAGGGUUGUUUUCGGAUGGGGGGUUGAGGAGGGGGCUGGCGGGGUUGUUUCCGGGUUUGGGGGAUAUUGUCAUGCAUACGCUUGUGCGACUCCCGCUCAUCGUCGCCGUGGAGCAGUUGACUGGACGCAUCCAGAACUACGUCCAGAAGCGCCGCUUCAAGCGCCGGACGACCAAGAGGCUCUACACGGCCAUCUCCAUCCUCUUCGAACUCGUCCUCCUGGGAAUCGACAUGGCGCUCCUCCCCAUGGAAUUCCACGCUCGCGCACAAAAGCUCGGCCUCGCACCCCUUCUCCCUCUCUUCCCCUCCUGGAAAUGCUUCCUCCCAUGGCACGCCGCCUCCUUCCACCAAUUCGGCUGGAAACCGCUCUUCGGCGUGAUCUUCGUCAGAUCCCUCACCACCCCGGGGGUGCUCCUCCUUCUCUACAAAGUCUUCCACUGGGACGCGGACGAGAGCGAAAUCCCCAUCGCAGCCCUCUUCUCCACUUUCCGCUACCCACCCAUCGACACUGAUCCCAGCCUCAUUCCCACCCCCACCGACCCCAUCGGCUGGCUCACGCACAACAUGUGGUCUCUCCGCUCAAAAUUCAUGGAAUGGUGCGGAUGGGAUAUGCACCAACUCACCUCUCGACCGGGCCAUCACGGGGAGGAAAUUCUGGAAAACAACACCCGACAGCGCGAUGGGACGCUGCACCGGUCUACCGCAUUAGCCCAUCUCCCCGCCCAGCGACUCGCGGGGAGUAUCGACAGUUUCCUCGCGAGGUGUAUAACCCUCCCUUUCGAAAGCCUCAUGCUGCGCUCCGUCGCGCACGCCUUCUUGAGCUAUACCCCAACGCCAGCAGCGAUCGAGGCAGCGCCGCAUAUAUACGCUCCGUUCACCGGCGGUCCGAUUUCGCAGGUCUUACGCAGUCCCACGGAUCGUCUAGCGUGGAGUUCAGCGGGUGUGUAUGCCAGUCGCUUAGGUCUCGCGCUAGCACUGGACGUUUCCGUGGAUGUUCUGCUCUUCUUCGGGGUGUAUGCUUCGACGAGGUAUGUGGGGAGGAGGUGGUAUGAUUGGAGGCCGCGACGGAGGGCGAAAGACGAUGAGGGCGUGGGCGAGAGGAGGGAGAUUGGAGAUUAA